GAGUAAAAUAUUAGUUGCUUAUCUAUAUCUUUUAUCGUCAAGUCUAAACCCGAUAAAUCUGAGCCAAAAUAGAUUGAACCACUUUAUAAGAAAGAAAGAAAGAGCAACAAAAUGGAGUACAAACUGAUUACUGCCGAGCACUACGAGCUGGUGAUCGAACAUUUGCGUGGCAAUUUCUUUGCCGAUGAGCCGCUGAAUCGGGCUGCCGGACUUUGUCAGCGGGGCGAUGGCAACACUGAAUUGGAAUAUCUCAGUCUGGCAACGCUGCAAGAUCAGCUUAGCGUAAUGGCCGUUGAUGGGCGCCCCGACAGCGCCACCUAUGGCCAAAUAGCCGGCGUCAUCCUCAACGGCAUCCUGCUGCCAGGCGAUACGGAAAAAGCGCUGGACAAGCUGCAAUUAAGCGAGGACAGCAACUACAAAAAGAUAUUCGAGCUGCUGUACAGGCACUGCCUGCAGUCCAAUCUGUUCGCCCACUACAAUGUGGAUCGCAUUUUCGACGUGCGCAUCCUCUCGGUGGAUUCGCGCUUUCGUGGCCAAGGCAUUGCCAAAGAGCUGGUGCGCCGUGCCGAGCACAUGGCACGCAAAUGCAACUUUAAAUUGCUCAAGGCCGAUGCCACCGGCAUCUUCUCGCAGAAGAUACUAUUCUCCAGUGGCUUUAAGCCAUUCUCCGAGCAGCUCUAUGCCAAAUACACAAAUGAUGCGGGGGAGAUUAUACUGCCCGUGGAGGCGCCACACAUUAAGCUGCAGCUGCUCACCAAACAGCUCAACGAUGGCAACAUGAAGCAUCAGUAAACACAACACUUGUAUUAUUAUUUAUUUAUUUCUUUUUUUUUGUAUGAACAUACAUAUAUGGUAUAUAUUACACAUAUUUCUAUAUAGACACAAGAACUUUUUGUUGUGGAAUGUACAAUGGCAUAAGACCGAAGUAAAUCUCAGGCAAAUAUUUGGGCAAGUCUCAGAUACGAAUAUGAUUCAACUUAAUUGCACAAAUAUUACUAUUAUUUGUAAAUAAAUAGGCAAACUUAUAUUAUUAUGGAGCGUUUUGUUAACGAUAUAUUUGAACAAAAUAAAUAUUAUUAACUGGUCUUCAAAACAGAUCUAAAAAUAAUAUUUGCCCUGGAAUAUACGGAAUUAUGCCAUGUGGAAAACAAAUUGUUGUUUUUCUUCUUUUUUUUAUGGGGACCAACUUUAAAAUAUGCUAACUAACUAAUACUAACUAAAUGUAUGUACUUUUGUAAAACUAAAGCAUUAAAAAAGGAAAUGCGUAGAAUAUCUAAACAUAAUGGCAAAGUUUCAAAGUAUAUAAUGCAAAAAAAAGAUAAAUAAAAUAUAUAUAUAAUAAUGUUAA